GAAUGACCAUGUGGAGGACUUUUGGGCGGGCAUUUUGGCGGAGCAGAGGGCAGGCACUUGAUACAGCUCUUUAAGACAGCCCUAGAGAGAAGAGCAGCACAGAUCACAGUGACAACGGACAAUGAUGGAUUCUCACUUCAGAGGUACCUUGUGGAUGAUACUCAUCUUCUCCACACUGCCACACCUCACCUGCAGCAUGUUCUGCCCCAGCAGCUGCACAUGUGACGUUACUGGUGCUGUCCGGUGUUCUGGCGUCACCAUCACAGAUAUACCAAAGCGGCUACCUGACCACACAUACAAGCUGGAGCUUAAAGCCACAAACAUAAACGUCAUAAACGAACAGAGCUUGGCAAACCUGAACCUCCUGUUGCGUUUCAUGCUGACUUACAGCCAACUACACACUAUCCAUCCCAACGCCUUCAAUGUUGCGCCACAGCUCAAAUCAGUCAAGCUGUCGUCCAAUGAUCUCUCUACCCUCCCUGCUCGGGUUUUCAGUCCACUGACCACUCUGGAUCAGCUGUAUUUAGAUGGGAACCAGCUGGAGACCAUAGCUCCGGAUAUGUUUAAAGGACUUGUUGAGUUGCAGGUACUGGACCUGACCCAGAACAAACUGAGUAAUCUAUCUUCAGAUGUUUUCAACGGACUGACCAACCUCACCUUUCUGAACCUUGGCAGUAACUUCAUAAAGAAGCUUCCACCAACCAUCUUUCACACCUUGACUAAUCUUUGCAAGCUCUUGCUCUAUAAAAACAAGCUAGAGGUGCUAGAAGCUGGGAUUUUUGAUGAACUUGUCAACCUUCAUGAGCUAAAAAUACAUUCAAACCAAAUCAGGAGCCUUCCACCUCAGGUGUUCUGGUCACUGAGGAACCUAAUUAUCCUGACGCUGUCCUCCAACAAACUACAGACUAUCCCAGAGAAGAGCUUCUACAACAUGCCCAAACUGAUCCAGCUAACCAUUUACAACAACCCGCUAUUAUCUCUACCAGACCAGCUAAUGGGUCACAUGCCUAACAUAACGGUCUUUUAUCUGUAUUACACUAACCUCAACACUGUUCCUGGAAAUUUGUUCGCCAACAUGUCUGGACUCCAGACGCUUAACUUCCAUUUAAAUGCCAAGCUGAGGGAGUUGCCCUCAGACCUCUUCUGCUGCGUUCCCAAGCUUGAGAAGCUCUCAUUGAAAUACAACGACCUCCAUUAUCUACAUCCUCAGUUGUUCUCCGGACUAACCACGCUGGGCACGCUGAUUCUCAAUAACAACAAGCUGCAGAGCCUACCAGAUAACAUCUUUCAGGGCCUUGUAGGGGUUUCGUCCGUUGAUUUGAGGAACAAUAGCCUCAAGACUCUUCCAGGAGAUAUUUUCUUGUCAAAUACAGUUUUGAAAGCUCUUAAUCUGAGUGGCAACCCCUGGGACUGUACUUGUAGUAUCAGAGGUAUUGCCAAAUGGAUAAGACAUAAUGAGCAUGUGGUUGUUGACAGACAGGAUGUGACGUGUGAUAGUCCAGUGUACCAAAUGCUCCGCACCGUUGGCUCCCUGCGUGACGAGGAGUUUGACUUUUGCGACGCUACGAGAGUCACGCCAAGUUAUUUUUCUACACAUGAGCCAACGAAACCAUUCAACACCAUUUCAACCAGCGGACAAACACCAGCUGUAAGUUCAACAACCAUACCGCCCACAACAACAUUAACCACCACUCAAGGAGCCACCCAGCUAGUCAUCAUCUCAACAACCACACCGCUCACAACAACAUCAACCACCACACAAGGAGCCACCCAGCAAGUCAUCAUCUCAACAACCACACCGCCCACAACAACAUCAACCACCACACAAGGAGCCACCCAGCAAGUCAUCAUCUCAACAACCACACCGCCCACAACAACAUCAACCACCACACAAGGAGCCACCCAGCAAGUCAUCAUCUCAACCACCACUCCAACUACAAAACCAUCUUCCUUUCGUACCACGAUCCUACCAACAACUCCCGAAACUCCCACCAACAAAGAGUUUCUCUUCGCCAAUGAGACUCUCUCGCCUUAUCACAAGUCACCUACUUUCUACGACACACUGGUGGUUGAACAGGGGCCCGAGUUUGUUCACCACAACCUUCACAAGGGCUUGGUGUACGUGUGGUUUCUUCCCUCGGAUGCGGCCUUGACCGGGCUCCUCAUGUUUUGCCACAUCCUUCUCGUGGCCGCAGGCUUGUUCCUCAUUCUUGCUGCCAUGUUUUGCAUGUAUCGCCUCAACAAGAUUGUGGAUGAGCUGAAAGCUGAAAUGGACCUGCCCCUGAGCCUUCCUGUGCUCUUACUUCUCUGUUCUCUUAACGCUGUUGUUUGGGCGUGUCCGGAUGGAUGCAAAUGUCAAGGAACCAAAAUCCUCUGCAGUGGCCUCUCAGACUUCCCCACAGCUAUGCUCUCAUCUACCACCACCCUCUACUUCUUCAAUUGCAGUAUCUACUUCCUGAAACCAGAGGACCUGACUGAUUUCUCUAAUGCUCUUGGCAUCUUUGUGAUUAAAGACACUGUUUUGAGGGAAGUGCGUGCCGGCACAUUUGAUUCCACUCCGAACAUAGGAGCCUUGGGGUUUACUAACACCGAGCUGCAAGAUCUCCCCGACGCCUUGUUCCAAAAUCUUCAAAAGCUUGAGUCUCUGAAUCUGAAGAGCAACAAGCUCUUGGUUCUCCGCCCUAACUGGUUUUCCCGGCUGGCAGGGCUGAAAGUCCUUGACCUCAGUAAGAACCUUUUCACUUCUGUACCUGUGGAAUCUUUUCACCCUCUUACUGAGCUGCAAUACCUUUUGCUUUCUGGAAACAAUAUCAGUCAACUACCUAGUGAGACAUUCAAGGGUCUCUCUAAGCUGAAAACCUUACGGCUUAACAAAAACUUGCUACAGGAACUCCCCCUUGGCAGUUUGGACGACCUUGGAGACCUGGAGGAACUAUCCCUACAUGACAAUCUAAUCACUCAUCUCCACCAUGACCUGUUCUCCAAUACUUUGAAACUCCAGAAGCUGUUCCUCUCCAACAACAGGUUCACAACUCUUCCCCAAGGGAUCUUCUUAAACCUGCCCCUCCUUUCCCAGAUCUCCCUGUAUGAAAACCAGUUGGAGAGUCUGGGACCAGGAGUGUUUGGGCCCAUGGCCCUGCAAGAGUUGUGGCUGUAUGAUAACAAGCUGAACCGCGUAGAGGACGACACGUUCAGGAACCUGACUCAGUUACGUCUCCUGGUGCUCAGUCGCAACCAGAUCAGCUCUGUAUCCACCAAUGCCUUUGGAGGGUUGGAGCAGCUGGGAGAGGUAUCACUUCACACCAAUCGGCUCACAACCCUGCAAACGGGGACUUUCCAAGGUCUGCCCAGUCUGGUCAACAUUUCCUUGGAGCACAAUGACAUCAGCUCCCUUCCUUUGGGUUUUCUCCAGGGCCUGAGCAACCUGGGACAGAUAGACCUGCGAAAUAACUCCCUUCCCAACCUGCCACAGGAGAGUCUAGAUGCCCUCACUGUAGCAAAGGAAGUCCUCUUGCAGCAGAACCCCUGGAGGUGUGACAAGGAUAUUCUGCCACUUAGAGACUGGCUGACACAGCACCCAUCCAAGGUCAACCAAACUCUUGUGGUCUGUGAAACACCUUUCAGUCUGAACGGUGAGGUGAUUGCUCUGCUGGCAGACGAGAACUUCCUGCCUCUCAGCACUACAAAGGAGCCUCCUGUGUUGACCUCAACGGAGAAGAGGAGGAAACCUCCCACUCCUCCAACGAGACGAAGCACUUCCUCGCCUGCUGUCAAGACCACCCCCCCAACUGCAGAGCAUGAGGAGGUCACCAGUGGUGGCCAAGGGGAGAAGGGAACAGUUUCUAAUGAUACUUCGAUCACCCUCAUCAUCAUCGCAGUAGUGGCCACUGUCAUCAUCAGCACUGUCAUCAUCAGCUGUGUGUGCUGGAGGAGGAACAAGAAAGGCAGGGGAAAUAUAGGCCGCAGAAAUAAGAACUCUGUGCUGUAGAUCAGACCACACAAUAUUAGCAUCCCAAGAACUUUUAAAGCCAAGGGAAAAUGCUCAGUGAUUACUGUGGUUUACUCGGAAAAUGUGAAGCCCAGAGUUGAUUUUGGUGCCUCAAAGGCAACAGAAAGAACCGCUUCAGCUCUAUUCAGAUGUACCAGCUAGAACAAAGUUACAUUUUUAAUGAUCAAAUUUACCAGCCAGUAUUCCUCUUCAUGUGUGCUGUAAAAAGAGAACAGACAUUGUAUGUACUAACGGUAAAAACACCCACAUUGCCAUCUUGUGGGCAAACUGGACACUUUGUUGAAUGUAAGCUAAGAUGCACUGAACUGUGUACUUCUUAUAGUAGAAUUAAGACUGCAUUCAAUAUUUUGUUUUCCAUUUUUCAGUAUUAGUAAUUGCAGUUUGACAAUGGCUUUUUGUGCUAACAACAAUACAUUUAGGAGACAGCUUUACGUUUUUUGCAAAAUGGCUAUCCAUGAAAAAUCAUAACGUGUUAUUUUGACUCCACUGUAACACAAUUCAUCCCAUGGUUUCCACACUUACGAUGCAACAUGCUACUACAUGUAUAUUUUGAAUAAAUGCACUACUUUUAGUGGGAGCAAUCUUA